AUGGGCAUUACUCAGAGCAGAGCGCCUGCCCCUCCCCAGCACCAUGGCUACAGGAAUAUGUACCAACAGCCCCAUCACAACCGCCGAACUUCCUCCCUCUCGGCGCCCCUACUACCCGACCCUGGGCCGGGAACAACCUCGAUGCCCCCCUCCUUCUUCUCCUUCCAGCAGGGCUCCGAGCGCGCGCAGAACGUGCGGUACCUCGCCGAGGCCUCGCCUCUGCUGGGCCGCUUUCGCGCCGUGCCGCCGCGGGUGGUGACCACUGGCGGUGCGAAGGGAGGUAAAGGAGGACGGCGGCAGCAGCAGCAGCAUGGCCGGCCAUACAAUUCGCAGAUGGGAUCGGGACUGGGCCUGCUAUCCGAGGCUGGGCCGGGGUAUCGGGGCAGCGUGCAUGUUGGGUAUGGCGCUCUAAUAGCAGCGGAAGUGGCGGCUGAGGAGGAGGCGCAGGAGGGUGGCGAUGGUGACGACACAGAUGAGGAGGACGGCGACGGUGAUGCCGAUGGCACGGCUCGGGGUUGGAGGAGUGGGACCAGACGCAUCGAGAGGGGUUUGAGGCGGUUACGAGAUACGUGGGUUGAUCCCAAGGCGAGCGUGGUUAGGAGGGUUGUGGACGUGUGGUGGAGCCGGUGGGGGACUUUGGUGGUGCUGCCUGCGCUGUUUGCUGUGGCGUGGUGCGCCGUGCCGUUCCCCCAGUAUCCGCUCGCCGACGACGACGAUGGUGCACCUGGAGACCCGGAACGACCCCGACCGGGUGGCCCCAAAGCCCCCGGCCACGGCGCGGCUAGGGUGCGCGUCAACUUCUGGUUUUUCCUGUUUGUCUACUACAGCUUCUACAACCUGACGGCCUUGAUAUGGAUCACCAAGGUGUUCAAUCUUUACAGACUGAACUGGUGGCCUCAAUCGCUCGGCUUCCCCGUCACCGUGUCCAUUAUCGCCAUACUCUCGAUUGCUGCGCCCAUUCCCAUCUACCUGAUCCCCGAGACCAGGUUCCUGACCGUUCACAACACAGCAUGGAUUUCCUGGACCUUCCUCAUCAUGGCAAUGCCCGUUGCUAUUGCCUUUCUCAUCCUAAUGACAAACGAGCGCCAUCUCAGCCUGCGGCACCCGCUAUCUGAGACGCAGCGCAUCUUCACAUCGUCGUGGUGGGCCGGAGAGCCGGAUAGCGCUUCGUCACGGCGCGAAGCGAGGCGACUCCAUGCCGCCAGCAGCACCUUUGACCCUAGCCUGGAUGUGUCCGCGAUUGGGUUUGCUGAUGGCCGCUAUCAGCGUCCCACCCUUCCCGUCCGGCUGCGCCGGCGGUGGCUGCCCGCCAGCUUUGUUCGAUUUGUCUGGUUCUGCAUGGCACUGUUCAUUGGCUUGCUCGCAUACGUUAUAGGCGAGGCCUACGCCGAAAUCUACCUUCGCACGCUGCCGCAUAACAACUGGGAGACGAUAGUCUACGUUUACGGCUGGAUAACUACCGUGCAUCUGCUCGACGGUUUGACGGGAUGGAUCCUUGGCGGCAACGAAGGUGAGCGGGUCGGGAGCUACCCGCUGAGCUGGAUCUUCAAGCUCUAUUUCAUGCUCACCUACCAGACUUACGUUCGUGCCCUGUACGCACGCCUGCGCAGCCCGAGCGGGUUCAUCCUUCUCCAAGUACUCUCAUCAACGGGUCUCAUCAUCUUCACCCCCUUGCUCAUGUCAGCUCCCGUCCACUGGUUUCUCACCGUCCUCGGUCUCAACGGCCUUAGCUACGGCUCAUAUCAAAAAAUCUGCGUCCGCAACGUCUUCAUCCGCUUCCUAGCCGAGAACGCGUCCAUGCUGGCGUUCCUCGGCAGCGUUGUGGUCCUGCACUUCGGCGCCAAUAAGGACGUCUACCCCUAUUUUGCGUUUGACGGCACCGACGAGACCGAGGACUACGACUUUGGCUUGACUUUUUACGCCUCCAGUAUCACAUGGGCGUGCGAGCUUGCUGCCAGCUUCAUCGUGGCCGGCUUGAUUCGGUGGAUCUACAAAGUCAGCGUCGUCACCGAAGGCAAGCUCGACUUUGCCGUUUGGCCCGAACUGCUGCCCACCGCUGUUGCCGUGAUGCUGCAUGUGCUGCAGAACAUGCUGUUCUCAAUUAUUCGGCUACAGUUUCAGUAA